AUGGGCCAGUUACCUGCAUCACGAACUGAUUUAGAGUUCCCUUUUCUACAUUGUUGUGUCGACUACGCGGGGCCAGUGUUGAUAGCAGAUCGAAAAGGUAGAGGAUGCAAGCUUAUAAAAUCCUUCUUGGCAAUCUUUAUCUGCAACUCGACCAAAGCCUGUCACAUCGAGCUCGUCACGGCUCUCUCUAGUGAGGCGUACAUUGCCGCUUUAAAGCGUUUUGUCUCUCGUCGUGGGUUACCAUUGACCAUUACAAGUGACAAUGGGACUAAUUUCGUUGGCGCUUGUAAUGAAUUGGCACAGCUCCUUAUGGAGUCAGAUCUUGAAGGUCAGGUAGCGCAGGAGAGCAUCGAAUUUAAAUUUGUACCGGCAUAUACUCCUCACUUCAACGGUCUGGCGGAAGCGGCCGUUCGCUCCACAAAGCAUCAUCUUAAGCGACUGCUACAAACUACUCACUUCACUUAUGAGGAAAUGGCGACUUGCCUCACUGAAAUAGAAGCAGCGUUAAACAGUCGUCCCCUCACACCAUUCUCCACUGAUCCCUCCGAUUUUUCAGCUCUAACUCCUUCUCACUUUUUAAUUGGCCGCUCACUUAUGUCUAUACCUCAGCCACAAGUGUCUGAUGUGAACAUCAAUCGUCUGGAACGAUUCAAACGAAUCCAGCACAUCCGGCAGCACUUCUGGACCCGAUUCUCGGUUGAGUACGUCGGCCUGCUGCAACAGAAGCUGAAGUGGCAAUCCUCAAACAAAGAACUCAAGCUCGGAUCGCUGGUCUUAAUAAAAGAUCGAGCACUUCCACCCUUAGUGUGGUCCUUAGGAUUUUUGAAGUCUUCCUCCACAUACUUCAACCCGGGCAGCAUGUUAAGUACUGGAUAUACGCACGGGAGGAGACGCGCGGGCGGCGGGCAGCACGCGACGUCAUCGCGGCAAGCCGCGAGCGACGCGCGGCACACUCACUUGCCUUUACCUACUUCACCGGCAACGGACGAAUACCGAAUUUAA